AUGUUUCUUACUGCUGCGCCCUGGUCUCUGCGACGGAGUAAACGGAGCUGCAGUCAGUGUCCGCGAACGCUCUUUUGUUGCACAGGUACGACGCGUAUGGGAGCGGAGGGGUCACUGUGGCGUUUGGCAAAUGCGGGACACGCGUUGCUGUUAGUAGACCACGGCAGCCGGCGUAAAGAAGCGAAUGAAGCGCUUUUCGAUAUGAUUGAGCUAUUGAGGCGUAGAGCACCACCCGGAAUAAUCAUCCACGGCGCUCACAUGGAAAUGGCAGAACCGACGCUGGACGACGGUUUUCGCGCCUGUGUGGAGGCCGGAGCGCGGCAUAUCGUUGUGGUGCCGUAUUUUCUCGCUCCAGGGAGGCACUCUACGACCGACAUUCCGAAUAUGGCUGCAGAAGCAGCUUCAAAGCACGCCCAUGUUACCUAUACCGUGACCGCGCCACUGGGUGUACAUGAAAGCAUCGGCAACGUGGUCAUUGAGCGGGCAAUGGAAGCCAUGGGGCUGGACGCUCUGCGAGAGCGCGACUAG